AUGGAGAAGAAGCGACGCGCGCGCAUUAAUGUGUCGCUGGAGCAGCUCAGAUCGUUGCUGGAGAAACACUACUCUCACCAGAUCCGGAAACGCAAGUUGGAGAAGGCAGACAUACUGGAGCUGAGCGUCAAGUACAUGAAAAGCCUUCAGAACUCGGUGCAAGGGCUCUGGCCGGUGCCCAGCGGAGCCGAGCACCCGUCGGGCUUCCGCGGCUGCCUGCCGGGCGUCAGCCAGCUUCUGCGGCGCGGAGAGGAGGGCGGCGACGGCCUGCGCUGCCCCCUGGCGCACGAGCGCGCGGGUGGCAGCACCUUGGACAGCGCCGGGCCCGGCCCCGAGGCGCCCGCGCGGCGCGGCCCCGGCGCGCCCCCCGUUUGGGCCCCUGCUCCCGCCGCCGGCGGCUCGCGGUCCCCGCCAGCCCGGCUCCUCUUCUCUGGAGGUCUCCCCGCGCAGUCCACCAGCAUCCCCGCGCCGCAGUCGGCGUCUCGCCGCUUCGCCGAGAGCCCGGGGCCGGGGCUGCGCUUGUGGCGGCCCUGGUGA